AUGGAUAGUCAUUUGCUUCCCACAGUUUGGAAGUGUACAGUGAUAGGAGACUCUCAAUAUAUGUACGGAUUUGCCCGUCGUUCUCCAUACGCAGUUUACGUAACCGAUUUGUCCAAUCUUUGGCUAGACGAGCCAUCAGAAGAAAAGGUACAGAAAUUGGCCCUUUCCGAAGGAAUUUCUGAUUUCGAUGCUUCCAAAUAUGAUUUGCUCUUGUCUCAGUUAGAGACAGCGUUCAAUGAUGCUCAGAAACUCGAAUUCUCGGCUCCAUCUGAUGGUCCUAUUACAAUAAAGGCGCCCCUUUCUAGCGAACUUGUGUGGAAUUUUGAGUUGGUCAAAGCUGACGAGAAAGUAACAUCUCUAUUCUUCAGCCAAGUGUUCACGCAUAGUCUAUCCAACCACAACUAUUUGCUUUUCAGAAUUGCCAAGCUUGAAUCCAUGAUAAGAACCAGAGACAACUACAUGCUCUAUUUGGAAGAAAACUACAAAACUGUAAAUGGGACUGAACUUAUAGAUAAGUACAGACGCCAGCGUCCAGAUGAUGCAAAGUUGUUGACUAGAUAUGAUAGUGACGCAACUAAAUUGGACACUAGUAGCUCGUUCAGAAAUUUGAUGUUGAAGAAUACAGACGCUGAUCUGCAUCUGCUUCUUUGGAGAAUUGUGUCUGCAGCAGUGGAUGAUGAACACACAUGGAAAUCUAGCAUUGCGAAUCCGGAAAAGGAUGUUGUUGCUGAAACUGUACCUCCCGUAAUAAAGAGGGAACGAGACACUUCCAGUGAUAGUAUCACGCUGAAAAGAAUAAAACUAGAACCAUUGGAACAGGUGCCCAAAAUUAAACAAAAAUCGACCUCCCCAAGACGGAAAAGAAUUGGCAUUGUUCGUCGGUGA